UUGGACGGAUAAAAAUACCAAAUGGUAUGGUAUUGCUUCUGGUUGGAAAAAAUAUUACUAAAUAAAGUGGCAAAAUACAUUAAUUUCAUUGUAUUUUUGUUAAAAAUAAAAUUUCCACAUUUUACAAACAAACAAACACACAAGUAUACAAUAAAAUCACAUCGACCUCAAUAACAUUGAACUAUAUUUUGCUGCUAGAAGAAUGAGGCAACGGGGUCGACAAACCGUACAGUUUUCGGAUUCAACUUUUCUUUAAAAACGGAGCUUGAGCAAUCUGCUGCGAAAGUCCAUUUCCGGUUCUUCUCGUCAGGAAAGCUAUCCUGCCAAAACCUACAAAUGAUUACUUUGAUGCGAGUGUAGAAGUCGCAGUCGGGUUACUAGAGAGAGAAAUGAUACAUUUUCUGCAAUGAGGAGGAUUAUUCCGUAGCAUCCGCUCGCAGCAGGGAUAAACAUUUUCAUAACAUUGAUGAACACACUGUCGUUUUGCAGUCGAACCUGGAGCCACUCUUACGCAGACGACAAUUCGGCAUGGAGCUUUUAGAGCAAGGCGAAAACGCACCGCACGAGAAUUGCAGGCGGCUAGUGAUUCUUGGUUCUAGAAAAGUUGGAAAAACUGCUAUUGUGUCUCGGUUUCUGAAUUAUAAGUUCGAUGAAAAGUAUACUCCGACAAUUGAGGACUUUCAUAGGAAGAUUUACAAAAUAAAAGGGAAAGCGUAUCGUUUGGACAUCUUGGAUUCCUCUGGAAAUCACCCUUUUCCUGCAAUAAGGCGAUUGUCUUUUAUCACAGGCGACCUGUUUAUUUUGGUGUUCAGCAUAAACAGUCGAGAAUCAUUUGAAGAGGUUACUCGAUUAAGGAACCAGAUUAUUGAGUGUAAAAGUCAGUGCAAGCUGGGUUCUGCAAACCGCAAAACCAUUCACACACCAAUGGUCAUAGUUGGAAACAAGCGUGACCUUAAAGAGAAAGAGCGAGUCGUUGAUCCCUCUGAACCAGAGUCAUUGAUCGACGGCCAACCACUCUCCGAUUACAUAGAGGUUUCUGCGAAAAAGGACAUAAAUAUCGAUGAAAUAUUCCUGCGCCUCUUCCGCUUGGCAAAGCUGCCAACGGAAAUGAGUCCGGCGCUGCAUCGUAAGGUGACACCAUCGUAUGUGAGUUCCAGCGUCACAAGCCAGAAGGGCCGCGGAGUCUCAAUCAGGCGGAAAAUGAGCGACGCAUGUGGAGCCAUUGCUCCGAACGUUCGAAGACCCAGUAUCAGAACUGAUUUAUUGGUUGCUAAAACUCGAACAAAUCUGAACUCAUUAAACGGCCCUACCCGGGAUUCCAGAUGUCUCAUAAUGUGAACUGAUAAGUUCUAUAUGUAUAGUUCUAAGUACCGUUGGUGCUAAAAAACGUGCUUCAAAAUAUCAUUUUUUUUAAAUAGCCGGAAAGCGGUUGAAUUAAUUUAUAAAUUGUAUUUUUUAUACUUAAAAUAUAUCGAGUUUGUUAAUGUUCAUCCAUAAAUUGAUUUCAACUCGUUUUUAACCGGUAUGUUUAUAUGUUCCCAAAACUGCGAUAUAAUAUUGUGUCUAUAUAUUCAUAUUGUGUAAAAAGUUUCGUGCAAUAGCUGGUCUGGGUAGUAUCUUAAGUUGAAGAAUUGUGUUCUUGUUUGAAUGUCAAAUAUAUUGUGUUGUACUUUAUUUGAUAACAUAUGUUUUAGCCAAUAUGCAUAUACUUUUUGAUUAUAAUAAUUUUGUUUAUACAUUGAGCAUAUUUAUCGUUUCGCUGUCUAUGGUUGCCCGCAAAAUGACUAGUCUUGUUUUUUUACCAUCGAUGUAAGCUAGCACAUUUAUCUAUUUGAAAAAAUGCAUGCAAAAGAUUCCAAAAGUUUGUAUUUUUUAAGUUUAACGUGAGAUAUGUUCAGCUAAUUGUUUAGUUCGUUGUUUUUAUAUGUAAACCGAAUACACAGAAUUUGGAAUAAAGAACAAUGCAAAAUUCAAAACAUGAUUGAUCAUUAAAAAUCAACUUUUGUACUUAAAUAUUGUCUUCGUUUAUUCAAAUCUUUGGCAAAUUCCAAAAUAAAGCGAUCAGUAAAUAUUAUUUUUUUGUAAUUUUGAGAAAUAUUUUUUAUUUUACGACGACUGAUGUAAAAUAUGAUCUUACUCUGAAAUCAACAAUUUAAUGCUCAUUUUAUGAACUUCACGCGUUCUCUUUAUUUUUUUCUCCGUUUGAGACGCUAUUGUUUGACGAAUAUCCCAAAGUGGGGCCUCAUGGAUUAAUUUGAAAAUUGAAAACUCCGUAUGUUAGCCUAGUUUUUACGUGAAAUCCGACCGAUUUUGACCGGAUUUUUAUGAUAGUUUAAAAAAUUUCUAGCGCAUGAUACCAUCACCCAGUAUAGUUGUAUAUAUGUCAAAAUCACAAUAUGUUAUUUCGAUGUGGUUGUGGCAAUGUUGUACUGAUGUUAUAAUGAUUAAACUUAGUAUAAUAUCCUGUGUGAUUAAGAUAUCACGUCAUUCAUAGAAGGAAAAGAGUUACCUUAAAUAUUGCAUCCUUAUUUGUUCGUUGUUAUUUUUUGGUAAGAUUUGAUGUUUCAGCCAAUAUAAUUGUACUAUUUGGUUAUUAAACUAUAUUGUACAUAACUAUCGUUUUUCUGUGGUUGUCCGCAAAUUAAGUAUGUUCAAUUUUGUUUUGUUUUUGCACUUAUUUCGAUACGAGACUAUUUUCAUGUAAUUAAAUAAUUUUAAUAAAAAAGAAAUAGUA